AUUUGGACUCCGUUGAAGCCGGGCUGCGGUUCCCGCUCCAUCCGUUCUAUGUGGAAUUCUUCCACUGCUUCCAGGUGGCCCCGGCGCAGUUCAUGCCAAAUUCCUAUAGGUUCAUAUCUGCCUUUCUGGUGCGCUGCAAACUAGCGGGAGCCACUGCCACCCUGGAGCUUUUCCACUACUUCUAUCGCAUCACUCCCCAGAACUCCGAUGGUUAUCUGAGCGUGGCCGCACGUCCAGGAAGGAAGCUUUUCAAGAACUACCCUUCGUCCAUCCACGACUGGAAGAACCGCUUCUUCUUUCUUAGAUAUGAUGGGCCUCCCCUCCCAGUUCGAUGGAAUGGUUAUCCCCCAAAGAUUGAGUCACCGGAGCCGUCCGACGAUCUAUUUGGGGAUGUGGAGAAGGUGUUGGAGGGUGGCGUCCGUCCAAUAGCCGAAUACCUGACCUUCGAGGCACUCUCCGGGGCAGGCAUAGGUUCACCACCAGAUAGAGAUCAGAUGAAUCAUGCCGAGUGCCUGAAGACGAGGAAGGCCAAGGCGGCCGCUGCUAAAGCCGCACUGGCGAAAGCCAAAAACGCCCCCGCCUCGGAGUCCAACUCCUCGGCUUCUGAUGCUGCCCGGCGAACUGCUGAGGGUGAACAGCACCUGAUCGCCACUGUGCUGGCUCAGGGUUCUGGGGCCCCUGCUCUGGAAGCGGCCCUUCCACCGCCGGUCGUCCCGUCGAAGGCGGCUCCUCAAAAGGGGACGGAGAAGGUCCCCGAGAAGAAACAGAAGAGGGGCCGCGAGGCAGGCUCCACCGGGCCCCUGCUUGAAGACGCCGGCUCUUUGCCAUUGCGCCGCCCGGCGGAAGAACUGUGGAGGGAGAUGGCCCUCCAGGCCGGUCUUGAACUGCC